AUAGAAAAUUCUAAUUAUAUUGGUUUGAGAUGCGUUACUUUUGCUCAUUAGAUCUUUUUUUGCCUGGCAAGAACUUUUAUAGGAGAGCACUUUCAAUCCUAACAUCUCAGCCUAGCUGGAUAGCUAUGCACUUUCAAUUCUGUCACUGGCUUGUUGACAAAUAAUAGUCACAGGGGAGUUGUUAGGUUGAUAGUAUAUCCUUAUAUCUAUCUCUACUAGAUUCUUUCUGCUUAAAACAUCUGGGGGUAGACUCUGAAAAUCUUUGAUUUUACCUCCUCACUGAAGUCCUUUGAGACUUUAUAUGUAAGGGUAUAGUUUGACAGCUGACUCUCAGUGGCAGUACUGGUUGAAAGCACUUGAGUUACAACAACAAGCUGGCAACAAAAUAAGGAGUCAGAGGUGUCAAAUCUGAUUUUGAUUAGUGUGUGGCCUGACGGUAGUUGUGCUGGCACAUUGUGGAUAGGAUGGAAAGGCUGCACUUACACACCAUCACUGCCAGGAAACUAUGCAAAGCUUUCCAAAAGGUGUAGUCUUAUGAGCAUUUUGUUGACUACUGUAUUUGGUUAAAUAGCCUUUCUUGCCCUUGAAGUGCCAAUACAUUUGAUGAACACACACUGUGAAGCAAAUAAAGGAAUUGAACUAAACCUAAACUUGGAAAAUACUUAUUAACACAGAUCAGUUCCCCAAGUUACAGAAGCUUGUGGGUGUGGAAGUUGGGAAUGGGAAUAGACAGGAACUGAUUGAGCUAUAUUCUCCUAGUUUCUUGUGCACCUGCUCCCUGGCAGAACUUGGGAAACUGGAAAGCCCUUCACUUAAAAUGAUCAUUACUUACUUCAUUACAUUACUUCAGCAAAAGCUGAAACGUUACUGUGUUAUCAACAGUAUUCUCAUACCAAGUCCAAAACACAGCACUGUACCAGCUACUAGGAAGAAAAUUAACUCUAUUCUAGCCAAAAUCAGGACAUUAAUUUACAGAACUAUUCACUUGCUUUAGGAGGAAAGAAAUAAAUCCUUUGCUGGAUUCUAGUGAAGUACAUGAGAAGUGAUGCUGAAGUAGCAUGAGACUUUAUGCUACUGCUGCUGUUUCUGUCUUAAAACUACAUGAGGAUUGUUUUGAGUUGCUGCAUCUGCAGUGCAGCAAGGAAGGCUAGAGGUGAAAGGACAACAAAUCUAUCACAGAAAACAGUUUGAAAAAAAAAUGCAGAUGGAAAUGACAAAAGUAUGUGAAUUGAGGCUAAUCAAUGGAAAAUUGUUGAGUUCCAUAGGCCCUGGAUCCUAAAAGAUUAUUCAUAAGAGUCUGUUAUAUUUAUGGUGUAUGGGAAAAUGUGUAGAGCUGUUUGAAUUCUUGAACAGUGGUAGGAAAAUGGUAUAUUUCUAUUUUGACUUACAACAAAAGAUGGAGGAAUUGUAUCAAAAGACUGAAUUUAGUAUUUACUUCUUUAGGUUGCCUUGAUCUGAGGUGUAUUUUCUGCUCAUAGACAUUUCCAGUUUUGGAAUGUCUAAUGUAUGGAGAAAGCACUUAGAGAGAUCUAAUCAGAUCAGCCAUGUGGGGUUUUGUAUGAAAUUUUUUGAAGACUUGCAGUGGACCCUCAUUGUUGUGAAUGUGAAUUACGUCUUAGGAAAUAAAGAAAUGGAUGGGAUGGAUGAAACAUCUAAAAGAAUCCUAGAGCCAUACCAGUAUUUGCUUCAACUACCAGGUAAGCAAGUGAGAACCAAACUGUCACAGGCCUUUAAUCACUGGCUGAAUGUUCCAGAAGAUAAAAUACAGGUUAUCAUUGAAGUGACAGAGAUGUUGCACAAUGCAAGCCUACUUGUGGAUGAUAUUGAAGAUAACUCAAAGCUACGACGGGGCUUUCCGGUGGCACACAGUAUCUAUGGAAUUCCAUCUGUAAUCAACUGUGCUAAUUAUGUUUAUUUUCUUGGCUUAGAGAAGGUUUUAACCCUUGAUCAUCCAGAUGCUGUUAAAGUUUUUACCCGUCAACUUCUGGAACUCCAUAAAGGUCAAGGCUUGGAUAUUUACUGGAGGGAUACUUACACCUGUCCUACAGAAGCUGAGUAUAAAGCAAUGGUACUGCAAAAGACAGGUGGUCUCUUUGGAUUGGCUGUAGGCCUCAUGCAGCUGUUCUCAAACUAUAAAAAAGACUUAAAGCCCCUUCUUAAUACCCUUGGUCUCUUCUUCCAAAUAAGGGAUGACUAUGCCAACUUGCACUCCAAAGAAUAUAGUGAGAACAAGAGUUUUUGUGAAGACUUAACUGAGGGCAAGUUCUCAUUCCCAACCAUUCAUGCAAUUUGGUCAAGACCUGAAAGUACUCAGGUGCAAAACAUUUUACGUCAAAGGACGGAGAACAUAGAUAUAAAAAAAUACUGUGUACAUUACCUUGAAAAUGUCGGUUCCUUUGAGUACACUCGGAAUACAUUGAAAGAGCUUGAAUCUGAAGCCUAUAAACAAAUUGAAUCGCUUGGGGGAAACCCUGAGCUUGUAGCACUAGUUCAGCAGCUGAGCAAAAUGUUCAAAGAAACAGAAAGUUAAAAAAUUAACUUCUGGGUGUGGAUCAAAACUUUUGAAAAUGGGAAAAUAACCAGAUGGAGAAGUGUGAUAAUCAGUUUGAUGUAAAACUUUCUCUUGUAGCCAUGUUACAGAAGUUACUGUUAAAAAUCACUUGUCAUUGAGUUUUGAAAUAUAUACCCUAUAAUCUCUAAAGUCUUAAUUGUAAUUGCUUACAGUUGGUUUUGUUAAAGCAGAUCCAUAAAGCAGAACCAUAACUAAAACUAGUUUUGAAUGUAAAUAUAAUAGUCUUUACACAAUCACAGGCAUUAUUUCAUACCUAAAAGUCUUGUGCCCCUAACCAGGCUCCGAUAGUAUUCUGGUUGAAAUUCUGUGUUAAAUCAGGUUGACAUGUAUAUAUUGUAAUUUUAAACAAUGCUCUUGUAAACCAAAAUCUGUGUUAAAAAACAAAGGAAGGUACUUGCAACCACAAUGCACAUAAAAUUGUUGUGUGAUAUUUCUAAGUGUGACUUGGGAGUGGAGGCAGAUCAGUUUACUAUGUCCUAGGGUGAAUGUCCUAUCCAGUUUCUGUGGAUAUUUUCAGGGGAAUGUAAAUUAUGAAAGAUGUUAUUUCAUAUGCAAAUAAGACAUGCUCAGUCUGAAAUUGUGACUUCAUAAAGAUUUUGAAGUACCUUGGAGGAAAGACUUCUUCACAUCAGCAAAGUGUAAAUUUGCUGCUGAUUCCAGCUCUGCAGUGAGUAAUUUUGGUCACCUGGUUUUAGAUUUUGAAAUUGUCAAACAUUCUGUAGCCAAAAACUUAAAUCUAUGCAUUAGAAUUCAUAUAUGUACCUGUAAAUAGCAACAUAAUGAGCUGCUAUUAGAAAUGGAAAGGGAUUCACACCAGGUAGCUUUAGGACACCAUAAUUGGUGCAGGUCUCUUUAAUCUCUGCUUGUAAUUGAGGGGCUUCUCCAAGACUUUAUUCAUAAUUCAUAUUUCAUUACUGUACUGAAUUGCAGUCUGGAGGCAUGUUCUAUAUCUCUCCAAAGAGACAAGAGCUGUCAUUUUUUUGUUAAAAUGAAGAACAGUAUCUUGUUUCACAAGUUAAAAUAACACUUCAGUUUUGCUAAUUGCUUAGAGCUUUAAAAUUAUAGACAUACCAAAAUAAAACUGGGACUGAGAGUAAGAUUUAGGGGUGGGGCUGAUAAGUAACAAAGUUCUCUGCUCAUGUGUAUAUAUAUAUAUAUGUAUAUAAAUAUGUAGAAAAAUGUUAAUAAAAUGUUAGCAGAGAUGUUUAGUUUUUUCUUGCCUGGGCUAGCUUUAAUCAGGUUCUGUUCCCUUGGUAUUCACAGGUAUAUUAAGUUAUGCUUUGGGGUAGCAAGGUAAUGGUUUGGAUCAAAGGUAAGACUGGUGCUAUAAGCUGUGGUGUUAGCUCAAGCAUACUCUGAAAUGGGUAUAGAGGUAGUUUGCUUCAGAUGUCUAAAGGAUAGUUUUAUGCAGGUGUUCAUUUACUGUACCUGAAAAACAGGGAUGGCUGUGAUCUCAGCCCACUGAGAAAACUAACUGGAGAAGGUUGCUGUAAUGUCUUCCCUGGGCAGCCUUAAUAUCUUUCUGAAAGUGAUCAAACAUGACAAAAUUGAGGAUGACUGCUUUCAGUCUGAAAUAUUAUGUAGUUAGGGAUGAUAGCCUAUCCCUUUUAUCUGCAUGCUGAGGAGAAAUCUUUGUCUGAUUAGACACAGAAUAAUAGGCUUUUCACUGAAUGGACCUGGUUGCCAGGACUGAAUAGCUUAAAGUUGGUGAAAGGCAUCUUUAAUGUUAAUGAAAGAGAAUUGUAAUUCCAUUUUCAUAACUUGCAGUGCUUAGUAAGCCUGUAAAUUUUUAAUGUGUUGUGUGAAAAUUCUAUCUGCAGCAAAUUACAUUUAUUUUGUGCCAUGUCUUGGGAGUUUCUAAGCACUGUUGCAGUUAAUGUUGAAUAGGGGAAAGCACUGAAAAGACUAUUGUUGUCAGGAGAAUCUCCUAGUCUUACUGUGAAAUGUAUCCUUGUGCCUGUUAGGAUAUUGUAACUGCAACACAAUGCAAAGUGCACUUAGUGCCAUUUCAUUUCUGUUCUGUUGCUGGAUGUAAACAGUUCUGUGUAAUCAAACUUUCAUAAUGAAGUAGCUUUUCUUACUCUUUGUAUGAAGUUUUUCUACCAUCUGAGAUUUCUGCUAUGUCAUCUCUCCUUUGUUUCAUUCUGACAAUUCAGCCCAGUAUUUAUUCUAAUUCUAUAUCUUGUUAGCAUGUGCCUUCAUUAGGCAUAGGAACGUGGAUGUUUUCCAGUUUCAGACCAUUUAAGCUACAAAUGAGUAAGAAGGGAAAAGUUGGUCCAGCUUUCUUUUCCUGGGUUACAAGAGGCCAUGCAGCUCUGUCUUCCACGUCUGCCUUCAAGGUUUUUGAUGUCAGUAUUCGAAGUCCCACAAGUAGAGCAUUGCUACUCUUCACUUUGGUUAGCAUAAACAGGAUUGUGAGAACUUUUCUUGGUGUAUUUGGGAGUUGGAGAGGCUGAGCUAUUUCCCCUUCAUCUGUUAAGGAUGCUCUGGUAGAGCAUCCUUAAGCACUAAAUGCCAGUAGUAAUGAUGUCCCUUAGUCAAGGUAGAUUUUGUAUUUGGUGCCGUAAGAUCAGUCUGUGCAUUUUCAUCAAUAUUCUCCAAUGUUAUCAUGGUACUGGUUCCUGAGGUUUAAGCAAUGUUAGGGAAAAACCCUUCUUUAAAGAAGCAUGUGAGUUCUUGUGACUGCAGAAUUAGUUGGUGUAAAUGCCCCUCUCUGUUGCUAUGCCUCCCACAACACAGGGAGUAGGGAUUUCUCCUGAUCCUCAUCAGGAUCAAGUUGCAAGUGGAGAUGCCCAUGGGGAAACAAAGCGGAUGCUGGUUUCUAUGUCAGUCCUUUUGAGCCAGAAUCAUUCCCCUUAUGUCCCUACCAUUGCCAACAAGUUCUACUUUGAUCAGGUUAUUAGUGCAUUUCUUGGGAGUUUAGUUCUUGCAGUUCACAUUAAGAGAAAUGCAAAUACUCAUCAGUCUGGAGCAUUCCUCACUACCUCAGUCUGUUUUCUGAUUGUGUGCUUGCUUGCAUAUAAAUGAAUGCUGUCACCUGUCUUAGAGUAGCCAGCCAUUGGAUGGGACAUCUGCCUUGCUUUUGCAUAGGCUUAUGUUUCCCCAUCAAUUAUGAUGAAAAUUGCAUCAUUUAAAGACCUUCCUGAGGAGAUAGCUUUCUCCUCUCAUUUUGAACUCAGGUGAUUCAGGUACCCACUCAGAGCAACUUUGUAUGUAUCAGCCAGUUGUUGAUACAAACAACAUAGAAAUGUUAAUGAGGAAGAAACUGUUGGCGUUUCUUCUGGUUUUUUGUUAAUUUUACUAAUCUGGCUGCAUGUGCUAUGGAAAUUUCCUAUAGUAAUGGCUGUUUUCCAUGGUUAGUAAAAUGCUAGCAAGGUAUAAAAAUGUGAGAUUUGUGAGGGGGUUUGCAUUUCUCAUGUAAAAUCGGUUUGAACUUCAAUAUGCCUUUAUCACUGAAUUGGGUCAGGCUUUUAUUCAUGUGCAAGAGCCAUAUGGUCAUCUGUUGCUCUUCUUUGUCCCAUCUUAAUCAUUUUAUAUUUCAGGUUUGGUAUUUACUAUGUUCUUUGUAUUAUUUGCUCAGUACUUUCACUGUAAUUCUUCUUUCAUCUAUAUUUCUAUUCUGCUGUUAAUACCAAGCACACAUAAUACCAUCAAACUCAGUUUUGAUCCUGUACAAACAUAAUAGUCUGAGUCUACUUUUGAAAUGUUGAAUCUUGGCUCAUCAUUCACCUUCAAAAAAGUAAUCCAAGAUUAAUCCAAGAUUUUCUGCAACCUCAAAAUGCCUGAAACUUUUUUUCCAGGAAGGUAAAGCCUGUAACGUUUUAUAUAACCAUAAAUUAUUUUUUGUCUCAUGUAGCUUGAGCUGCUUUCCUUGCCCUACCUGCUUGCUUUCAGGAUCCAUUUUGCUUCGGUGGUAAUGCCUGUUAGGUCUUUUUAUGAAUGGACUUAACUCACUAGCCCUGAGGGAGAGAAGUUAAUUUUUCUCCAGGUUAAUGAAUUAUCCCACUCAGCAAGAGCCUGAUGAAUGUCAGAGCUGGCAGGUGGACAAAGGCCAGGGAAAGGAUUUGAGAGAAUAAGAAAACUUUUUUUUCCUCCUGAGGCUGCCUCAUGUGAUUUCACCUUGUUUUACAGAAUUUACUUGACUUUGUUAGGAAAAGCUAGAGUGCAUGGUUAGUUUCUGAGUUUCCCUUCUUGCUUUCCAAAUAGACUGUGAGAGAUACUUAAGUUUAAAAUUAUUUAUUCUGAUAAUUAUUUAUGUAACUUGCAUAUAUCAACUGAAGUUUUUGAUUAAAGGUACAUAUAUAACAGUA